CUCGCGCUGGAUCUGGCACCUGGUUUCUGGGGCUCUGGGGCGUGAUGGGCCGAAGGCCGCCCGAUAAACGAUGUCGGGAAUCCGCGACCCUGGGGAAAGCGCAAAUGGUCGACCUGCUUCGUGAACUCCCGCACCAGUGCGGGCGCGGGGCCCGAGUUGAGGUACUCGUUGUCCUGUGGCUUGAAGGCGCCGGUGGCAGCAUCUUGCAUCGGCUCGCUCUCGAUCUCGUCGACCGCAAAACCUGGCGUAGAGAUCAGCGUCCAGCACUCGGAGCCGCCGCCGCACGUCUCGAGGCCAGGCUUCGACUGCGUGCGCGUCGCCCACCACAGGGCGGCCUCUGCGGCGCCGAAGGCGAUGCCGUCGAGGGGCACGCCGAGUGGCUCGGCAAACGCAACCAUUGCCGCAAACAGCGGGAUUCGCGCGCGGUCCCUCGAACCUUGGCAGCAAAAGAUUCGGGCACCCCGGCACUGGCUCGAUGCCAACCACCGAAAGACGAACACGCCGAUACGUCCGUGAGGAGUACGGCGUCGAAAUGCCCAAGCACCUCGUUCUGCGCCGUCUUCGCGUCGGCUUCUGGCGUGUCGUGGUAGGCCGCCUCCCCUCCGACACCGAGCAAAGCCCACUUGCUGUUCCCGCUGACGACAUCCACGUCUUGACGCAGACCCGCCACACGCACGCCACGAUGAACUGUGAGGCUCUCUGCGUCGCACGCAUCCAAGAUCUGGCGCGGCAGCCGAUGCAUGCCCCCGAGGCCGACAAACACGGGAGCGUCCACCGACGGCAGUCCGAAGAAGUCCGGGGCCUGGCCGACAGAGCCGAAGCGGCCACGCCACUCAUCAGCCCAGCCUCUGGCACGCCACUCCUCCACGAGCCCCCGCAUGCGAGGAUCGUCCGCCCUGAAGAACUGGCAGCCGUGGUCGAACUCGAGGGCCCCGUGCGGAAUCGGCGGGUCGUCUGGGAGCACCACGCCGCUGCCAUCGACCGCUCGGUGGGACGCCCGGCCCCCCAGGCCACGCCGUCCCUGAUCGAAGAGGUCCACCCUCCGUCCUCCAGCCGACAGGGCCGACGCAGCAACAGCGCCACAGAUGCCACCACCGAUGAUUGCCAGAGAGAGGGGUUGGUCUCUGCUGGCGUGUUCAGCCAUGGAGCGUGCUCGCCGCAAGGCCAUGCCAGAAGCUCAGGCCAACUCCACUCGAGCCAAGGGCU